AUGUCCCAACACCGCACGAAAAAACCACCGGAGGCCAAGGACAAGGCGUCCUUUUUCACGGCCCGGGCACAGCAAAAUAAAAACACGGACGCAUCAGUCCAAGAUGGCGCCGAGUCUGACACCGACGGCGAAUCACUGGCGGGAAUGGCGGUGGAUAAGCCGACCCUGCAACAUAUGCUGGACUCCCUAGCACACAAAAUGCAAGUAACAAUACAAGCAGCAGUGGCAGAGCUACAUAAAGAUAUAGCAGACAUUGGCAACCGCACCUCCCAUUUAGAAAAUAAGAUGGAGGAAUUCACUGUGGCCCAAAACACAUUAGCUGACAGGGUAGAGGAGCUGGAAAGCAAAAUGGAACGCUGUGAGUACAAACUCAUGGAUAUGGAGGACCGCUCACGCCGUAACAACCUGCGGUUGAGUGGCAUUCCAGAAGCAAUCACCCAAAUCGAACUCACAGCUUACGUCACUGAAUACUUUCACUCCAUGCUGCCAGAUAUCCCAGCGGACAUGCUGAUCCUGGACAGGAUCCACAGAACAGCGAGACCCGCACACCUACCCACCUCCAACCCACGAGAUGUCUUGCUGCGAGUUCAUUAUUUCCAUGUGAAAGAACAGAUCCUCAAGGCCAACCGAACCGAAUGGAGUGGGAACGAGAAAUUCAAAGAUGUCCUGAUAUUUGUGGACCUAUCAGCGGAAACCCUGCGGAGAAGGAGAUCGUACCGCAACAUCACGGAGACUCUCCGGCAUCACACCAUUCAAUACCGCUGGGGCUACCCAGUGAAACUCCUGAUCCACAAAGGCGGCAAGAUACACGUGAUAGCCUCUAACCAAGAGGGUGUAGAGCUUCUGCAAACCUGGGGACUAACCGAGACCACGUCCGAAAAAGGACCAUUACGAAUCGACAAGAUCCAAGGGGAAUGGAAAACGCCCAAGCCAAGAAGGAACACCCAGCGACUGAUGCGAUGAACUUUAUGGGACACUCUCCACAGGUUUGGUCUGCGGGGACAGGUCGACAUGUAAAGACAGAGAGCGGGGUUUAUACACCCAACAGCUAGGAGAUGGGUGAUGGGGGAAUACGCCCAUGGGCCCAGAUAACAGGGUAACACCGGCGGGACAGACACUAGACAGAUACUAAGCACACACGGUACUAAGUAAAGACGUACGCGAUCAAGGCACAAGUCACGAGGACCUAAAGCGUAUUCAGACGGACCCCCUUUCUCAGAGCCCAGAUGAACCCCCCAACCACAGGCCCCACAACCACAAAGACAGCAUGACGCAAGACAGACAAAACAAAAUCUAUUAAGGGCAAAAAAAAAAAAGUCAAAGUCACAAAGAUAGUGGGAGACCGGAACAACAGACCCCCCCAUAACCAGAUGAACCAUGAACACCACCCCACAGGGCAGCCCCCAUGACCGCACUGAGACAGACUAAACCCUCUCCAUAAGCACCGACCUUCUCCCCGUAGCCCCUGACCGACCUACAGUGCAAGCAGUUACCGAGCUCUGGCCACCGUUGCGAGACGGGAUCAGACCUAGACCGGCCAGGCACGGCCACCUACCCCCUAACCAAGGAGGUUAGACCCAUGACCUUCAAGUUGAUACUUCUGUACGCCCCAAUAGUGGCGUCCACAUGUUGUUUUAUGUUUAUAUUGACUAUGUUAUGGUUUAUAAUUGUAUGUUUUUUAACUAAAUGUGUCAGAAUUGCACACCAACAUCACAUGGCAAGCCCUUUUAGCUGCGCACCCUGUGCACCCCAAGAUAUCCACAGAGCUCCAGAACAGCACACCCUACUCUUAACACCGUAGUAUGAAGAUAUACACACACAACGUUAGGGGCCUGAACACCCCACACAAGAGACACAUUCUACUCAAAGAUCUAAAAAACGCCCAAGCAGACAUAAUUUGCCUGCAAGAAACACACUUCCAAUCCACCACUAACCCAGUCCUGAGCAAAGCAAUAUACCCGCACCAAUAUCACGCCACAGCGCCCACAAAACGUAAAGGCGUCUCCAUCCUAAUCAGCCGACACCUUGCAUUUGAGGAAAUAAUGGUCACAAAAGAUCCACGCGGGAGAUACCUUAUACUGAUCUGCACCAUUAAUAGCUCCACAUACACGAUAGUCAAUACGUACAUGCCGAACGCAAACCAAUGCGGAUACCUCCACAACCUCUUGAGGCUCAUAACCUCAACGCAAACGGGCACAACGAUCAUUUGCGGAGAUUUUAAUCAGAUCCAAGACCCCGCGCUAGACUCAACAGCGAAGCAUACACCUCACAGGCACAAGGUCCUCCACAGGCAAUGUAAGUCCCUAACCAAGCUCCUACAGUCACACGGCUUAUACGACGCAUGGCGCACACUGCACCCAACCGAGAGGGAAUUCACACACUUCUCCCAGGUACACAACACCUACUCAAGAAUCGAUGGCUUCCUCUUGCAAAGCGCACAUCUGAACCGUGCGGUAGCGUGUGAGAUAGGUACCUCUACCUGGUCAGAUCACAACCCAGUGGAACUCACACUAGCAGACCACUACAAUUACAAAAACAGAGGCCCUUGGAGGCUCAACGAGCAACUUCUUACUGAUCACCAAUUCACCCAAACACUACGACAAGACAUGCAGACAUACUUUCAAACCAAUGACACCCCAGACAUCACCUCGCUCACCCUUUGGAUGGCCCAUAAACCAGUCAUCAGGGGCAUAUUUAUAAGACGGGCAGCCCACCUCAAAAAACAACAACAACACGCACACAUUCAGAACCUAAAAAGACUACAAGACCUACACAGGACAAACCAAAUGGCUCCCUCCCAGGCCACACAGGAAGAGAUCGCUGUCCUGCAAAGACAAAUCCACACUACCAAUUUCCAAAAGGCAAGCUAUGCACUGAAGCGACUCAAAGCGACCACAUUUGUCCUGGGUAACAGAGCCAGCAAAACUCUGGCCCAAAGACUCAGGGACAAGCAAGCCCAAACCAGAAUCCCAUACUUACUCUCUCCCCAGGGACAGAAACUGCCCCAACCCACUCAAAUCUGCAAGGAAUUUGCAACGUACUAUAGCUCCUUAUAUAACUUAAAGGACAACCCACAAGUACCUCAGCCAACCCCUCGCACCAUCUCGGAGUACCUCGACAAAAUUGACAUGCCCAGACUCCAAGCACACCAAGUAGCCGAUCUCGCGGCCCCCAUUACCACCCUAGAAGUGACACAGACCAUUGAUUCUAUGCCAAAAGGCAAAGCCCCAGGCCCUGAUGGCCUCACCAAUCUGUACUAUACCACUUUUAAGGACAUAUUAACCCCCUACAUCACACAAGCCCUCAACCUAGCCACGCAACAGGGAACCCUACCGCCCGAAUUCCUAGCAGCACACAUUAUAACCCUACCCAAACCGGGUAAACCACCAACGAUCUGCCCAAAUUUUAGACCUAUCUCCCUGCUAAAUGCCGACGCCAAGCUAUAUGCUAAAAUAUAUGCGGCUAGGCUCAAAACAUUCCUGCCCAGUUUGAUCUCAACAGACCAAGUAGGAUUCGUGGCAGGCAGACAAGGCCCAGACAACUCCCGGAAAGUAUUGGACAUACUUCACUACCUUAACCGCUCCACACUACAGAGCACGCUCCUCUCCCUAGACGCUGAGAAGGCAUUUGACCGUCUCAAUUGGCAAUUCCUACAUGAGGUGAUGUCGAGAUACGGGUUCCCACCGGACUUCCAAAACAUGAUAAGAGCUCUGUACAGCACCCCAACGGCCACGGUUCUCAAUUCAGGGUUCAGUUCUGCCCCCUUUAUAAUAACCAACGGCACCAGGCAAGGCUGCCCAUUAUCCCCCUUGCUCUACGUGCUAGCGUUGGAACCGCUAGCGAUAGCCAUCAGAAAUAACCAAAACAUCAAAGGGGUAACAAUAGGCGACAGGGACUAUACACUGAACCUUUUUGCGGACGACAUACUCCUCACGAUAACCAACCCGACAAUCUCACUCCCCAACCUCCACAAAGAAAUAACAGAAUACAGCACGCACUCAUAUUACCAGCUGAACCUAACCAAAACACAGGCCAUGUGCAUAAACAUGUCCAAAUCGGAGGAGGAACGUUUCAAACACAACUUCAACUAUGACUGGAGGACCGACUACUUGACAUUCUUAGGCAUUAAGCUAACAAAACACCACUCAGGCUUAUUUGCAGCCAACUAUAUCAAGCUCCUCAAAGAAGUGGAGCAAACGCUACACUCAUGGCAAAACAAGUUCCUUUCAUGGCUAGGCCGCAUUGCGGCCAUCAAAAUGACGGUAUUACCGAAAAUCCUCUAUAUGUUCCGCUCCCUACAAAUCCCCAUAGAACAGACGUACAUCCAAAGACUACAAUCGCUCCUGAUUAAAUUUAGCUGGGGAGGAAAACGCCCCAGAGUCCCUCGAGCUUUAUUAAUGAGACACCCGGAAAAGGGAGGUCUGGGAUUCCCUGACCUUAGGGCAUACUACCAUGCAACACACAUCGCCAACAUGCUCCAAAUGCACUCCACCACUUACACCCCCCAGUGGAUCUCCAUCGAAGCUAGCUGCGGAGGACAAACAGACCUAGCAGCUGCUAUGUGGAUGCCUAAGACACUACGCAAUGUCCCCCGAGACACUCUACCCACCAUGAAACUCCUCUACAACAUAUGGGACAACCACAGGGUUGCAUUCUGUUCAGCCACACCGUGGUCGAUGGCAACACCACUAAAAACAAUUGCACUCCACAACAACACGUUCCCUUACAAAUCAUGGCAAGCCCACAACAUCACACACCUACACCAAAUUUGCACCGAAAAUGGCCCGCUCCCGUUCUUAACACUGCAGACCAAAUACAAUAUCUCAGCCAACCUGACAUUCUCACACUGGCAACUGAAAACACUCCUAGACAAUAAUACGGGCAAGGAACCACCACCCCAAUUAGCUCCCAACCUCACUCCAUUCGAAAAAAUGUGCCUACACCUCACCCCCACCCAAAAAACAUUAUCAGUGUGCUACAGACACAUAAACGCACAUAAGCCAGAUCCGGAGUGGCAAUUUCAAAAAGAUUGGCACAGAGAUAUCAAUAGAACCCUCACACCAGACGACUGGAACCACAUAUAUGCUAACCACAGGGGACUCACAUCGUGCGCCUCGCACCUGGAAGCCUCACACAAACUAAUAUAUAGGUGGUACCUGGUACCUACGAAACUUAAGAGAAUCUACCCUAACAUGAGUGACAAAUGCUGGAGAUGUCUGACCCAAACAGGGUCCAUGCUACACAUUUGGUGGUCAUGUACCCAGGUCCAACCAUACUGGUCACGAAUAGCAGAGAUAAUAAGAGGGGCCACAGGUUGUAUCCUUGAACAUAACGCUGAAACAUUUUUGCUCAAACUUCUGCCUGCCAACAUACCCCACAGCAUAACUAAAUUGAUGUUCCUCAUGCUCACCUCAGCGUCCACCUUACUGGCAAAACACUGGAAAACCCCCCAGAUCCCCUCCAUGGCGGAGGUGACAGCAAUGGUCACUACCACCCUGGACUAUGAGGUGAUAUUGUGGAACCAAACUAAAACAGGCAAAGGGAGCGAUACAGCGAGAAAGAUGUGGACCACAUACAUAGAUAAAAGAACCCUCCAAGCUGCAGCUAGGGGCACCGCCAACACUGAUACAACUACGUAAGAACAGAACCUCGAUGGUUCAUAGCAGCCACACAUGACACAUUAGUUAUCCCAGUUAUCCUUUCCCCCCCUGUUACACCCCGUCUUUCCCCUCCUCCUCCUAUACCUGGCCCCGUUCAGGGGUACACACCCGAGGAACAACCUCAGAUAGUCUGAGAAGGCAAAAAAAAAAAAAAUCAUAUACCAUAGACGACCAGAUAGGUCGGCCAGCAGCGACCGAAUUAGCCCGCAAGGGAAAGAUGGCCAGACAACUCAUAGCCCUCCACAACGGAGACCUUUUUCCCCUCGAACGGGCAUACUAUUUGUAUCUGUGUCUCUUUUGAGGGGACAAGCACAUCCUGCUCACCACCAUGGGAAGACCCACAUGUAG